AAUAGAAAGAGGGAAUAUAUAUUUAACACAGAAGCUAAGAUGUCAACAGAAAAGAUAAUGGCAAUGGUAUUUGUGGUUGCAGCUCUAUGCAUGCUCAAUACCAUAGCCGCCUAUGUAGAGGAUGAAUACCCGGCGUAUUUUAGUUAUUCGGGCUCAACGGGCCCUGAGUUCUGGGGAAGUUUAAGCCCGAACUACACAAAGUGCUCUAACGGAAGAGCCCAAUCCCCAAUCAACAUUGUUAACAGAGACGCAGUGCUUAACCGCAGUUUGAGUGCUUUGAAUAUACAGUUUCGUGAUUCCGUUAAUGCUACUUUGAUUAACUAUGGCUUCAAAGUUGAGAUACUAUUUCGUGGGGAUGCAGGAGCCUUGGUCUUUGGUGGUAAAACUUAUGCCUUAAGUGAAAUCCAUUGGCAUACUCCUUCCGACCACCGAGUUGACGGGAUUCAGUUUACUGCUGAGCUUCACAUGGUCCACAGCGCUGCUGAUAGUAGCAGGGCUGUGGUAUCAGUUCUAUUGCAAACUGGCCAAUCUGAUCCCAUUGUUACUAAGAUACAACAACAACUAAGUCAGUUACCAAUGAGGCCACCGAAUCAAACCCCACCAAAAAUUCCAUUGGAAAAUAUAAAUAUUCAAGAACUAAGAAAUCUAACUACCACCAAGAGAUAUUACACUUAUCCAGGCUCUUUAACCAAUCCCCCAUGCACGGAAGGUGUUACAUGGAUAAUCAUAGGAAAGAUUGGGACAAUUUCAAGGGCUCAAGUUGCAGCUCUGAAACGUCCAUUGGACAAUGGAAGCAAGAACAAUGCAAGGCCAGUGCAGCCCCUGAAUGGAAGAAAAGUGGAGGUCUACCAAGAUAUGUUUCCUUAAACCUGGUUCAAUUCGAGUAUAAAUAAAUGGAAUUGUAAACCCGGUUCGGAGAUCAAUGUAUGGAUGGUUGAUUCAAUAGUAUGGACAGCCUUCAUUAUGAAUAAAAAUGACUAUCAAAUUGAAUAAAA